AUGUCGUCUCCGCCGCGUAGAUCUUCCCAGACGUCGGAAUCGACUCAAGUUCAAUCGCUUCCUUAUGAUUUGCUAAUAAGCAGCGUCGCACGCAUUCCUAGAGUACACCACCCGGCUCUUUCCUUCGUCUCCAAGAGCUUCCAAUCUCUCCUCGCUUCGCCGGAGAUUUACGAGACCCGGUCCCUGAUAGGCCGCACUGAGAGCUGUCUGUACGUGUGCUUAAAGGUACCUCCUUGCCACUCUCGCUGGUUCACUCUCUGCCGGAAGCCUAAUCGAACCAUAGCCAAUGAGAAAUCAAGUGGCCAUCUUUUGGUCCCAGUAGCUCAUUCGCAAGGUGUGGUCGCAGUUGGUUCUAGUAUCUACGCCAUUGGAGGACCAAGCUAUUAUUCGCCUUCUACAAGCGUCUGGGUUUUAGACUGCCAUUGUCAUGUUUGGCGUAAAGGUCCAAGCAUGUUGGUGAAGCGGCGUGGCCCUGCAGCAAAUGUCGUUGAUGGAAAGAUAUAUGUUGCAGGAGGGUGCGAAGAGAUCAAUUCCUCAAAUUGGAUGGAAGUUUUCGAUCCAAAAACUCAAACUUGGGAGCUUGUUGCAGACGGUGUGGCUUACAAGCCAAAAGAAGAUAGACGGGAAGCGAUAGGCAGGAGGAGUCUUUUGGAUAGAGGAUGGUCAGGUUGUUCGGAUUGCGUGAUCGAUAACGUACCAUGUUGUUUUGGGGGUUCAGAUAUCAGAUGGUACAGCACUAAGAGACAAGUUUGGAUGAAUAUGAAGGGCUUGAUAGGGUUGCCUAAGUUAGAUAGUACUUAUGGUCCUGUUAGAAUGGUGGAUUACGGUGGGAAGUUGGCUGUUUUCUGGACCAGUAGUCUCCGUGCUAGUGGAUAUGGAUAUAAGGAGAAGACGAUUUGGUGUGCGGUGAUUGCGCUUGAAAGACGCAACGGUGGUCAGGAGAUUUGGGGAACGGUCGAGUGGACUGAUCCUGUUCAUACGAUCCCUGCCGCUUAUAAUAUCGUGUCUGCUCUUGCUGCUACUGUUUGA